GCAUUAAGUGAAGCUUCUGUCCCUUUUCAGCGCAUUUAUACACUUACCUUUUAGUGAAUGGAAGGACAGGACAGCACCACAGCGAAUCACACAACCAACAUUCAGCUUUCUGCCGAAAGCGAACUUUUUAUCAAGGUACCACAAAGUGAGCCACGUUGCUCUGCAAGGAUAGUAGUUCAAUCAGCUAGUGGCAGCGACGCGCGUGUGGAGUUCCUAGGAACACCUCUAUUUGUUGACGUUUCGUAUUACUUGAUUCCAGGGGAACAGGUAGUUCUAUUUACAUGGACUAAUGCUAUUAUCUUAGUUGAAGGCUCCGAUUUAUUACUGAAGAAUGUGUUUCGAACUUCAACAAGGCCUUUGAGCAGAGCUAUAAUCGAGUAUCAUUCCUUUCUUCAUGACAUACGAGCAGCGUCUGAAAAUGGGCUUAGGGAGGGCCCUAUCACACUACUUUGCGGUAGGGAUGACUCGUCGAAAGUGGCGACAGCAAAGUCGUUGUGUAAUUAUGCAACAAGGACUGGUUGGAAGCCCUUGCUCGUUGACUUAGAUUGUAGGCGAUCGCCAAUAUUAGGGGUUCCUGGUUCACUGAGUGCCUCAGUUAUUGAAUUUCCAAUAACAUUAGAUGAGAUAUUUUCUCAAACUCACGUUUCGAUUACAUUCUUUGUAGGGACCACCGAGCCACAACAACAAACUGAGGAAAAAAUGUUGUCUCCGUCGUAUGUUCAUUAUUCACGUUUUCUUUUGAAAUGUUGCAAUGAUCGCCUCUCCAAACAUAGCUCAGAUAUUUUCGGAUGGAGUGGAAUGAUUGUCAUUCUACCCGAGCUGAAUGACAAUGCUGCUGUCAAUUUCAUUACAGAAAUUGUUGAAGCACAUAACAUUAGCCAUAUAUUGACAUUUGGUGAUGAUUAUCUUUUCCACAAACUGUACAUGCAAUACUCAAUAAGGGGGGGUUCGCAUAGAAGACGUAAACUCUUGGUCGAUCGUAUUUCUAAAGGGCACUGCUACACUCCUUUUCCACCACUAGAGCAGAUACUACCAGGUAUUUUCCGUAAUUAUUUUCAUGGCUCUGGACCAAUUAUUUUGCAACCGUCUCAAUGGUUGAAAUCCUUUGAAACUCUUGAAAUUCUCCGUUUUAAAGAGAGUAUUGAUCAAGUUCAAUUAAUUACUGUUGAAAAAGAGGAACUUCAGGGGAUUGUUGGUUGUAUUGGCGCAUUGUUUCACUUUGACAAGAUUAGUACCCCUCUUAACUUAUCUCCGUUUGCGUAUGUAAGGGUACAUUCGAUUGAACCCACUGGUGUGGUUCUUCUAACUACUACUACAUUCACGUUCCCCUCGGACCGCCUAAUUCUUGUCGUAGGAACUGUACGUUGGAUCACAAGCACUUGAGCUCCACAAGGAGGAUCUUUAAGAGUAAAUAUGCAA